AUGAAGAACAGUGAAGCUAGACCUGUCGGAACAGCCCCAUUACCAGAGGCCAAUGAAGUUGAAAAGAGAAAUCCCAACGAGUGCAAUUACAUCCAGAAUGAUAAGAGAUCACACGGCAAAGGUCGUGGUGGAUACAAGAACCGUGACAAUUACUCGAACGGCCGAGAUAGAUACUUAGCCGGCCGGAAAGGAAACCACAAUAACCGUGGUCGUGGUUCCAAUCCCGGCCGUGGCCGAGGCGGUUAUGGACGAGGUCGAGGCGAAAGUCUUAAGGAGAAGAACCCGGAGGCUCAUAUGGUCCAUGAUUCUGGAUAUGAGGCUGAUAAAGAAUCUGAUGUUGCAAAUGAAGACCUGAUGGAUUUUGAGACUUCUGAUUCUGAUAGCCAGACCAUUGCUCAUGCGGUCUCAGCUCCCGGUAUCAGCGUGGGGACAUGCCGUAUUACAUGCAGCAUAACUGAUUCGCAUCAGGCCAUCUAG